UGAUCGCGUGUUUGACAUCAUUGCAUUGCCACAGCAGCAAGCAGACUGCAGAACAAGGGAGCUCUCCCGUGUGCCACCGUGUUCGCUCGGCGAAAAUGGGGAUCACUGGUCUCCUUCCGUUCCUGAAGAGCGUCACCUACCCAACACAUAUCAGCGAGUAUCGUGGUCUUAAAGCGGGGGUGGAUGCCUACUGCUGGCUUCAUCGUGGUGCUUUUAGCUGCGGGAUGGAGCUCUGCACUGGUGUGGCCACCGACAAGUACGUCGCUUUUUGUAUGAAGCGUGUAAACCUCCUACUGCACCACGGGAUCCAGCCCGUCAUGGUGUUCGAUGGUGCAAGCCUACCCAUAAAAAGGAGAAUAACUCUGGAGCGCCGGAGACAGAGAGAGUCGGCGAGGAGCAAGGGUGAGGCAGCGCUAGCGGCGGGGGAAGCGGGCGCAGCUGCCCAACACUUCUCCAAGGCCGUCGGAGUGACGCACGACAUGGCCUUCCACUUGAUGAAGGCGUUGCGGCAAGCGGGGGUAGAGCUCAUCGUGGCGCCCUACGAAGCAGAUGCGCAGCUGGCAUUCCUCAGCCGAACCGGUGCUGUGGAUGUUGUACUAUCGGAGGAUUCCGAUUGCCUUCCUUAUGGGUGCAAGAAAGUAAGAUCCAUGGUAGGGGUCGUCUGCUACGCGUCCACCCUCGUGGGCAUCGGGGUGUUCACGCGACUCUGGACACGACUCUCUAGAUUUGCUGGUGUCGCAUGGUGCGUUGCGCGCAUGUUUUCCGGUGCGAAAUGUGCUCUUUCCUGCCGGCUGCAAGGUGAUAUACUUAGGGUACAGACAACAGUGAGUCGAGAUGCAUUGACCCGAACAGGUGCUGUUCAAGAUGGACAACGAGGGCCACGGGCAAGAAAUUCAGCUGAGAAAUCUUACUGCAAACACACCGCUUUCGUUGAGCAACUGGAAGAACAGCAUGUUUUUGGAUCUCUGUCUUCUGGUGGGGUGUGACUACAUACCUACUUCCGUCAAAGGACUGGGCAUCGCAACUGCAUACAAGCUCGUCGAUAGACAUCGGAGCCUGGACAAGAUCAUCGGCGCUAUAAACUCCUCAAGGUUCGUCAUACCGGAGGGAUACUGGGAACAAUACAAAAGGGCGCGACUGACUUUUCGACAUCACAUCAUCUACAAUCCGGAGACAGAGACCACAAUGCAUCUCAUGCCGAUCGGGAACACGGCCAAGGAGUUGGACAACCUUCGUUUCUUGGGUGAACAUCUACAACCCCCCAUCGCACAAGGUGUGGGCUCGGGGCGUUUGCUGCCGACAAGCCACCAGCCGUACGAAACAGCAGCACCUCUGGAGCAUGGCGUGCCCUGCUUUCCACCGCCCUCGCCCGAAGCCCAGAAGAAGUCGCCCGUCGACGCCACUACCACGCUGUCCCCCGCGGCGGCGGCGGCUGUUGCGGACGGAGCAGGGAUCGCUGGCGGUACACGUUGGGAUCAACGUGUGGAGGAGGAUGGUGAACGUCAAGUUGGUCCCAUGCCUUCGGUGCAGUCUCCUUUGUCUCGAGCGUUCAUCGAUAGCCCCUUCUGCGCGAGUAGACCUGCCCUCAGGGAGCUACCGUUUGUGACCCACGAUGAUGUCACCGCUCCCCAGGGAUUGGUGGGAUGGGGCGUAGCAUCAAGCGACACGGCAUCCGGUUGGGCAACUGGCGUCAACCGCCAUCAGCCAAGUGUGUCGGAAGCGUGUGUGCGCGGCGAUGAUUGGAGAGCCGCGGAAAGUGAUCCAACACGCCUUGGGGGGCGGGAGGAGAGACGCCAAAGCCAGGGUCUCGACUUGGUGCGAAUACGAGGGGGGGAACAGUACGCCGAGCCCGCAUUAGGUUUUUCGCCGACCGUCCGGUCGGUUGUACUGGAAUCCUCGGGGACAUCUCGUGGAGAUGAACCUCCGUGUCGUGCGAGAGGAGAGGAGACGUUGUGGCCCUUUGCUUCCCAUUCGCAGGAUGAGAAGGGACACAUGGCUGACGGGAAGGCCAUGGGCUGGCAGCAAUGGCCCGUCGUGGGGUUGGGGCUACAGAGCAGGACCACCGGCGAGGGCUGGGGCCAACGACUUUCGGUGGAGAGUGAUGAAACUGCGGACGCGAGACACAAUGGACACAAAAAUGAUGGAUACAUGUACCCUGCCGCGGAAGAAUCGGCGAACAGGAAGCCGAAUAGUCGUGAGACCAACCAAGACCACGCUCGUGAGGCGAACGUGCGGCAAGGUCUACUAGCGUUGACCGGAGCGCUUCCAGUUGCUGACCAAGCCAAGUUCGUACCUGCUUCUGCCCAGCACUUUCGAAGCACACAGGUGAGCCAGGGGCUCGAGACACUCCAGCGCAGGAAAAGGCGCCUGUACCCAACAGAAGACCCCGAGUGCCUGGGGCUACCAAGCAGAGGACAGCAUCACCAGGUCCAGCCUGGCGCCGCUGACAGCAUGCUGCACGGAAGCAACCUACCAGUUUUCGGGGCCAGGGUUGACAGGCCAACUUGCGAAUCUGGUGUCGAUCGCCCAGCUGUUAAUCGUGGGUUGUGGAUGGUCCAACCUCAAGAGGCGAGAGGAAUUUCGUCCGUCAACCCGCCUGCACCUGUACCUUCGCCUGUGAGACUGCGAGCAAGAAGUCGUGUAGGGACACCCGAAGCUCGAGUGUUGACGGCUUCCUCUAGGCGGUGGACAUUACCUGUACCUUUGACCCCUCCUCCGGUAAACCGGGAAGGAUUUCCGCUAUUGCGCUUGUUAGAUGGGAAGGGGAAUGUUGUCCCCGAGCGAUCGCGGAGUGUAGACCGUCGAAUAAGUGGCGCAAAAGUAGGACAGCCGUCGCCCAAGCGCACACGCGGUGUUGAAUUUUGGGACAACCUCUUGGGGUAGAGAGAGUUGCCCAAUGUAGCUUUCUUCGCGUUGCAACGAAAUGCGAUAAAUACGCCGAUCUAUUUAUGUCUCUCCUAAAGAUGCUACAGCAAGGUCUCAAAGAGGGUUGCGUGAUAUGAAGGAUACCUCCCGUCUCACGGCUGCAUAUAAAUCAACGUUACCGCACGGACCGACCUUCGUCCGCGGAUAGAACACUCCAGACGUUGCUUGGGGCGGGCGGAUGUUGUGCUGACUUUUGUGGUGGUGCGGCUUUGGACAUGAUGGCGUCCGAGAUCAAUCUAACAUUGGCCG